UGGUGAUAAGUUAAAUAUGAAAAAAAUGGGACGAAGAAACAUUAGUGCUAUGAGGUUGGGGAGGUGUGUGGCGUUCCUCGCCGCAGCGGCAUUCCUCUUACCGUUUACCAUACUUCUGAUGGUAGCUGACCAACAGUAUAAUUUGACCUACAACACGAAACGAGUCUUCUAUCAAGAGAGUGACUUCUAUAAAAUUAAUGGAACAUAUUUAACGACCACAUUUUCGCGGACACAGUAUGUUUUCGAGAAUGGAACCCAUGAAGAGGUGCUACUGAGUCGAGAUAAGUUCAUAGAAGUUGCGAACAGGAUGGAGGCCAGGAGAAACUAUUUACGCAGUCAAUGCUCGAAGCUAGGCCUCGACGGAUCAAGCCACAAGGCCUACGCGUGGGAGUAUCUCAUUAACCGGCAAUACCAUGUUAUAUGGUGUAAUAUCUUCAAGGCAGCAUCAACGUCAUGGAUGUACAACUUCAACCUCAUGGCAAACUACACUGCUGCUUUCCUCGACAAUACAAAAGAAGUUCCUUUAGAGUUGGCCAGGAAAAAAUACGCAAGGCCUACAGUAGAAAUGAUAAGAAAGGCUCAAGGAGAUUCAAUAACAUUUAUGAUUGUGCGACAUCCUCUCGAAAGGUUAGCAUCGGCGUAUAACGACAAAAUAGUUCACGCCUGGCCUAAAUCAUUUCACGACCAGAUGGGGCGCAGAAUUAUUAAAAAAUAUAGAAAACAGGGGUCAAAUUCUGGACAAAAGGAGAAGUACCCUGUGUUUGAAGAGUUCGUUGCGUACGUGUUGGAUGAAGCAAAGUUCAGAAGACCAUUAGAUAUGCACUGGACGCCGUACACGAACUUCUGUACACCUUGCAAAUUUAACUUCGACGUUAUUCUAAAAUUCGAAACAUUGGACGAAGACCAACGUUUCCUCAUACAAAUGGCUCACCUCCAAGACAUAGUCAAACCUGAAUGGCGGAAUAGCGGCAAGGGAACCAAUACGUUGCAUAAUAUCAAUCAUCUCUACUCACGUAUCACUAAAGUGCAAUUGGACGGUCUUUACAAUCUUUUCAAAUACGACUUCCAACUGUUCAACUACACUAUCGACAACUACUACGAGAUAGUUAAAAAAGACGACGGGAACGAUGGAUGAGCGCCUGGUCCCAACAUAUUUGAUUGCUUCAUUUCAUCGCUAGGUAUAUUAGCCCAAACAAAACGAUUGAGUGCGAAAAAAAUAUCGGGAAGACUGAUUGUAAAGGGAAACAGCAUAAAGCCACAUAAUCGAUCCGUCGUUAGAUUAAUGUGUGUAAAAUUAUGCUAAAUUUUAUAAUAUCAUGUAUGUUUCAAAAUAAACUUUGUCUCAUUCUAAAAAAAUAAAUUCAUAAAUUUAAACAAUAGAUAAAAUAGGAUAACAAUGUAUUUUUGUCACUUUUUUUUAUGUAGCUACUUGGCAUUAUUUCAUGAUUAUUUAUCUGUUUAAAAAAUGUGCAAUAUCCAAUAUAGGAAAUAGAUUUUUUGAAGUAUUUCGUCUCUUUAUUAAGUUUGUAUGAAACUGUUGUAUAUACUUAUAGUUGAACAUUUUAAUGUGAAAAAGUUUGUUACAGAUAUAUCUAUAAGUAUGCAUCUUCAAUAAAAUAAGCAUAAAACAAUUAAGAUUAUAAAAAGAUAUAAAUAAAACAAAACAUCAAUAGCCAUUUUUGGAUUCC